AUGACAGUGGAUUUGGAAAGGGAAGCAGGGGCAGUAGAUGAGUCUGUUGAAAUAGCCAUAGUUGCUUCAGAAGGUCCAAUUCCGGAACCUUAUGUGGGUAUGGAAUUUGAUUCUGAAGAUGCCGCCAGGAAAUACUAUACUGAUUAUGCCAGACAGGUCGGAUUUGUUGUUCGUGUUAUGCAGCGUCGUCGAUCAGGCAUUGAUGGGAGAACUCUUGCCCGUCGGCUUGGGUGUAACAAACAAGGGUUUUCUCCUAACCAGAAGGGGAAAUUUGGACCUGAGAAAAAGCCUAGACCUAGUGCACGAGAGGGUUGCAAUGCAACAAUCUUGGUGAAGAUGGAAAAAUCUGGAAAAUGGGUUGUUACAAGAUUUGUAAAGGAUCAUAAUCAUCCUCUGGUUGUUACUGCCAGUGGUUUUAGCACAGCGGGUGAUAAGGAUAGGAAAAUUGAGGAACUUAUGAUGGAGUUGGAGCGUCAAGAUCAACUAUGCGCAGGUUAUAGAGAAAAACUUCUCAGUUUUAUGAAUAAUGUUGAAGCAGAAACGGAAGAACUGUCGGAAAAGAUACAAGUUAUAGUUGACAAUGUGAGAAAAGUUGAAUCUGAAGUGCAAAAACAUUCUCGUCGUAGAUAG